GAAUAAUGCCACUUCUUGGAGGUAGGUUGUGUAUAGGACUUGUUGCGUAGCUGGGCGGUAUGUCGAGUAUAGAGUGCGUUUGAUACCCGGUGUAGAAUGCAAUCCGUCUAUUCUUAAUGGCAUCGCGUCUUGUCUUGUGCAUUCACGCCAUCUGCUCUCAGUCCCUGAAGCAGAGCCUCUUCCCGUGCGGUCGCGUUCCUCCCUGCGUCUGCCACUUCUCCAGACUCCAACAGUCUCCUCUACCCGCGCCCAUGGUCAUCCCUUUGUCGUGCGCUUUUCCCCAGCACGCGCCCUUCCUCCUCAUAUGUUCGUAAGACUACAGCGCACGACCCGUUUAGAACAUCUUCCCAUCUUCAAUCCCCUUCCACAAGCUCCUCCCCGUAAUUCUCCUCCUCCGCCGCGUCCCCCGUCGCACAGCGCGCACGCCAUGCAGUCGUCUUCCCCGCCGCCGCAGACGCCAACGGUCCAGCGGCCCAACCCCUACGAUGACUCCGACUCAGAAGACUCGCAAGUAACACUGCAGAGCCGUUCUCCCUUGCCUCCGCCUGCGCGCGCCGUCAAGUCCCCUGGCACUAUCGAACCCCCUCCGCAGAACUAUUCGCGCCCUGCACCACCCCGCGACGACUAUGCAACCCAGAGUCACAUUGGCGCGCAGCUAGGACACCGUCCGCGCCAGCGCUCACAGGGCUAUUUUGAGCCGAGCCUCCCGUCAAACCAGGCCAGCAUGUCGAACCUGGAUGCCUCGCGCAUCGCAGCCCAGACAGCCAUGCACGCGAACCCGCAGCACACGCGCAAGCGCUCGACAACGAUACCGGAGCCGGGCACGACAGGACCGGCGGGGAGACAGCCGUCCAGUCCGCCGCCCAUGCCGGGACAACAUACCGUGACUUUCAGGACGAACGGGAUGACGUAUCAGAAUGGGCUCGUGGGUGGAAAUAGGAUGGCGGCGACGACGGCAGCGAAUGUCGCGUUUCCGAGGAGUCCGCUGCAUUCACCGGGCUUUCAGCAGCAACAGCCGGAGCAUGGGUCGCCGAAGCCGGCAUCGACGCCUGAGCCUAUGCAGCCGCCUAAGACGAAAGAGAAAAGCAAGAUGAAGCUAUUCUCGAAGCCGAAGAACAUCAAGAUUGAUAAGAGCAAGGAAGCCGAUGGCAAGAAUCAGGCGCUGCCAUCACCGGGUAAGAUGGGGAUCGGUAUUCAUAGCUCACAGGCCCUCAAUCGCAUGAUGAUGAAUCAGUCGACCACUAGCUUGGUGGAGCCCAGCAUCAGUAGCAAUGCCUCGAUAUACUCGUCUGCGAAUGGAUCAACGUCGACGCUGGUACCAAGGAAUGAUUCGUACCUGCCGCCGGAGAAAGAGAAGGAUAAGCACAAGCAUCAUUUCUUGUCCCGGCAGAAGCACAAGCUCAAGGAUAAAGACGACCACGCGCUUCCGUUAUCCUCGGCAAGCAGCACUUCCAGGCCAGUGGACCCGAGCGCGCCGCAGCCAUUGUAUUCUUUCGCCGCCCCGGCAUCGCCUGGGCAUUCGAGCACAUUUGCCAGUUCUGUAACGGGACUUGAUUUAAGACAUGGUGGCCGUCACCUGAGGCGGCAGAAAAAAGAGGAGAAAGCUGCUGCGUAUCUCGAUGCCCAGCUUGAACCUGCUUUCCGGGACCGCAAACAGUCGUUUAGCACUGAGCGGUCGGAAUGGCCAUCCAUGGGAGGUAGCAUAGGCGCUACUCCGAUGGGAAGUCUCGGGCCGUCCCCGGGAACAACACUCUCGCAUUCGAACGACACCAUGUUGAAUCUGGGUAACUCAUUUGGUAUCUCCGGCAUGUCACCCGACGAUGCCUGGCCACUCUUGAAAGCGAGGGUGCUGUUGAUAUUCGAGGGAGAGGAUCCGCGACCGCCUGUCGAAGACUUCAACGCCUUGGUUACCGUUCACGUCAAGCGCUGUAUACAGAAACGGUCUCCCAUCAUUCUUAUCGAAGACCUCAAUGAGCUGCUUAUGACUGGCUUUGGUUCGCUGGAUCAGACGCUCCGGCAUGUUCCAGAUGACCGUUUGAUACCACAUCUCGUCGAGAUGUGGAUCGUAGUUUUCACCACCAUUCUUCCCUUCUUACAGGCCGUCUUCUUACCAUUGGACCUGGAGUUCCGCGGCUCGGGCAUUAUGUCCUCUACCGCAGCCGCCGACUUCUGGGGCGUUCUACUGCCCGACGAAAUGAACACCAAGUCACCCGAGAAUAAGAACAUUCCUAUCCUUGGCGAGCUCGACGUCCGCCGCAUCACGCUCCUCAUGUUCCGCGACAUAGUUAUCCUCCCGCGCUACGACACCCUCAUGGCCAUCUUCUCCCGCCUCUCCCUCGACAACCUAAACGCCGGCCUUGAAUCCCCCUCUCCCAUUCCCGAAGCGCGCCCCAGCACGGCCGGAAGCUCGCAAGACAUGAUGCCCAUGGGCAGCCUCCAAUCCACCAGCCAAGGCAGCUCAGGCGGCUACCUCGAAAGCACCACCAGCAUGACAUCCAGCACCUUCGCCUCGUCCUCCCGCUCCCGCGCCACCUCCAACACCUCCGCCGGCUCCUUCUCUGCGCACUCGACGCUCUCGAACCCCAGUUACCUCAACCCUAACGCUGCGCUCCCGCCGACCCUCCGCGCGCAGCCCAUGGAUAGCGCAAAAGUCACCGAGACGGUGGGCCGCAUGCUGCAGUGCGUGAGUGUGCUGGUUAGUCUGCAGAGUGGGGAUGAGGCGCAGGAGAAGAUGGGCAGGCUGAAUAAGGAACUGAAGUAUAAUUGGCUAGGCAGAGGUAGGACAGGGAGACAGAGGCAGGGUUUCGUGGGCGCGAGGAGGGGUGGAGCGGGGUUGAAUUUGGCACAGGGAGGGAUUAGUGUGCCGGGCGUUGGGGCGUAG